AUGCGCCAGAAUGUGGUUUUCACUACCACUACUACUAUCACCCCCAACAACAACACCUCUACCAUCACCACAGCUGCCGUUGUUGAUGCUGCUGCUACUGUUCAAGGUGAUGCUUCAGCUAUUAGGGGUGGAGGAGACGUGAAAGCAACCAAAUACGCUGAUAUGAUCGGAGACGUCGACGACAGACGCAUCUCUCGAGCCGCUCGCCUCACCGAAUGCAAAACACGUCUCAACACCUCCAUCGCAAGACGCAACAAGCACGGUGAACUGUGCUUUGUGAUGACUGUGGAAGGCAGACGGGACUCGGACGUGGAGAAAUUCAAAAGGCUAAUAUGCGACUAG